CGGAAAUACAACGUCGAGCUCGUCGGCGACCAUGAUGACAAAAAUGUCCUCAUCGGCUGCGAGGUUGACACUCUGGGUGAUUAUUCAUGCCAGGGAAUAAACAACCCCAAACCUGCUGCAGAUGACAGUACUGUCACCCAUACGUUCCACGACCUGGGGCCUGGUUCAUACAGAGUGUGGAUCACGCCAGUUGACCCCUACUGGCAGACGGAAGGGCAGUGUUUGUGCUUUGAGAGGACGUCAGUCAACCACACAGCCUGCCUCCGUUGUAUUACUACAUCCACUGGGAAAAUCGCCGUCGAGGGACAGGCAGCAGGGACAUGGACGUCUUCCACGUCAACGUCAUCCACAUCAACGUCUUCCACAUCACCGACACAUCCAGCAGAGUCAACGGAUCCCAGCGUGGGGACAUCGGAGAACUGCCUGAUGAUGUGGUGACGUCAUUGGCGGCGUUGUUCGGCUCACUAUUUGGCCUCCUCCUAGUUGCUGUAGUUGUCAUGGUGUACAGAAGACAACGCGCCUCAGUGCUUCGUGUGAAGAAGGUGUACCUGCUGUAUACGGACGACCACAAAGACCACAGCGAAGUCAUCAACAAGCUGGCCAUCUACCUGAGAGACUACUGCUACUGCGAGGUCUUCUAUCUGCCCUGGUUCCGAGGAAAAAUCCAGACAACGGGCGCCUACCAAUGGAUCCUCAGCCACAUCGACCAAGCAGACUAUGUCCUCCUCAUCAGUUCUGAGGCAGCUUUCAUGCUGUUUGACGCUCGGAACACGACCACAUCUUUCAGGACAAUGGAUGGAGGUCCAGAAGGGGACACGUUCUCUCCAGCUGUAACUCACAUCAUGGCGAGGUCAUCUCAGCCAGAUUUCCACAAGAAAACCAUCCUGGCCUAUUUUGAAUACACGGAUGAGGAGUAUGUUAUCAAAGAAAUUAUCCCCGGAGUCAAUUAUCAGUUGCCAAAAUAUUUCAAGGAAUUGCUGUGUCACAUCCAUGAGGUGGAACUGUGUGGCAAGACUCCAAAACAGGCGAAAAUUAACGCUAUGGGGAACCUACAAGCCUCUCAGUGUGGCAGGAGGUUAUUGGAUGCCGUUAUCAAAGCCACACACUUCCAGAAAGCCUGCCCGCAAUGGUUUUCCGAGAGGUUCCAGAGGCAGGACUCGGCGUACAGCUCCCAAUAUGACCACGUAGGGGAUUCGGUGUCACGUACAGGUUUUUACCAGGUGGGUACAGAUCGCGUGGAUGCGAACCAUAAUAAUUAUGAUGAUGAUGAAAUGAGAAGUACCGUGACUUAUAACACUACGUAUGCAAGAGCUCACGAAAUGUUCCCGCCCAGUGAGGUGCCAACGGAUACACCAACUGAGUUCAUCCACAGGCAGCUGCAGAACAUCACCAUGCAGAGCAUGGGCAUGCAGAACACAUACACGCAGAACGGUCACAUACAGGACAUGGAGAACGGUCACAUACAGGACAUGGAGAACGGUCACAUACAGGACAUGGAGAACGGUCACAUACAGGACAUGGAGAACGGUCACAUACAGAAUACAUACACGCAGAACGGUCACAUACAAGACAUGGACAUGGAGAACGGUCACAUACGGGACAUCGACAUGGAGAACGGUCACAUACAGGACAUGGAGAACGGUCAUAUACAGGAAAAGGACAUGGAGAACGGUCACAUACAGGACAUCGACAUGGAGAACGGUCACAUACAGGACAUGGACAUGGAGAACGGUCACAUACAGGACAUGGAGAACGGUCAUAUACAGGACAAGGACAUGGAGAACGGUCACAUACAGGACAAGGACAUGGAGAACGGUCACAUACAGGACAUGGAGAACGGUCAUAUACAGGACAUGGAGAACGGUCACAUACAGGACAAGGACAUGGAGAACGGUCACAUACAGGACAAGGACAUGGAGAACGGUCACAUACAGGACAUGGAGAACGGUCAUAUACAGGACAAGGACAUGCCGAACAUUGACAUGCAGAACGUCCUCAUGCUCAAAGACAGCAUGAACAUAAGCGGCGCGGUUCACACUCAUCGUCAUUCUCCUCAAGACGAUGUCUUCACACCUCCUAGUGACGUAGAGGCAGAUGAGGAUGUAGAUGUGGACGUGGACGUGGAUGAUGACUUCCUUGCCAUCAGUGUAGGCUGUAGUUCUAGUGGGCAAGGGUAACUGUUUUCGUGAUCAUCGUUUGUUUUCAAACAUAAACCUUCGGAGAUUCCUUUGGAGGACAUACUUCCUUUCCGACUUCGCUCAGUCCAUAAGGGCGGUGGGGUAGCCUUGUGGUUAAAGCGUUUGCUCGUCACGCAGAAGACCCGGGUUCGAUUCUCAACAUGAGUGCAAUGUGUGAAGCUCAUUUCUGGUUUUCCCCGCAGUGAUAUUGCUGAAAUAUUGCUAAAAGCGGCGUAAAACCAUCCUCGCAGUCACUCACUCAGUAGUUCAGCUAAGUCCCUUGGAUAUGUCUGUCAGCAUUGGAAGUAUCCAUAUUGAAUUUUAAGUAUCGAGUUUCACUGGUUUACAUCACUAU